AUGCUCAGUGUCAUGGACGGGGGUGAGAUUUCGCCUGGCUCUGAUGUUAGGGUGAAAAAGAAAACGACCGGUAGCGGCUGCGCAUACACACAUACACCCGGAGCAUACACCUGCUACCAACUGCGCAAGGCACAGAGUUGUGCAGAGUCUAAUUCUGACACUGACAGUGGUCAGCACAGUGCAGGAUUAAAAUUUUGUGACUCUAAUCAGGUUGCUAUGGAAGAAGCAGAGGAUGGAGAAGAGGAGUUCAAGUUUCAGCACCACAGGCUGAGACGAGCUGGUGGCAGUGGCGGCGGCGCCGGUAAAGGAGGUGGCGGAGGCAGCAUCAGGAUGAAAAACUUUACACCAGGAGGGGGAGCCGCGUCAACAGCAUGCAAGAACUCCAACAACAAUGAGCUCAACCCAGUUCAAGACUCCUCUGAACAGAAGGAGCAGUCGGCUACCGCUGGUGCUGCUGUAGCAACCAAAACGCCAACUUGUCUGGGAGAUGCCGUCGGACGAAACGACUCUGUUAAGACCGGAGGAAAGAAGUCUUCUACCGUAGUGGCCGUGACGGUAGAGGCUUCUAAUGAUCCUGGUGAUAGUGGUGGAAAUAGCACAGCACCGGGCUUCAGCAUGAAAUGCAACAAAAACGGAGAAUGCAGGAGGGACUCCGGUACGACUGGGAGCCUCCGUUCGAUCAUGUCCAAGCAAGACAAACAAAGUGGAGGCGGGAUAACCCGAUCUGAGGACGGGAAUAAACGGGCUACCUGUAAUUCAACGACCAGCAUGGACGGGUCGACCACUCCUGUCGGUUCCCUAACACAAGGGCAGGGGGGUGACACGGCCAAUACCGGCAACACCCCAGUCUCCGCGGGUGUCCCAGAGAAGAAGGACUCCAAGGUUUCUUUUUCCAAUGCACCAAGUCGGAAAGCGUCCUCUUCUCUUCACGGUUCUCAAGCCCAGUCUCAGCAGCCGAGGAAUUCAGUUACAUUUCUCAAGUCGGAAGAUGGACCGCAGAUGGUUGCUGAUGAUGCGGAGACACGGGGGAGUCAAGCAAGCUUUAUGCAGAGACAGUUUAGUAGUAUGUUACAGCCCGGUGUGAAUAAAUUCUCUUUACGCAUGUUUGGGAGUCAAAAAGCGGUGGAAAAGGAACAAGAGCGCGUAAAAUCUGCAGGCAACUGGAUUAUUCACCCCUAUAGUGAUUUUAGAUUUUACUGGGACUUCACAAUGCUGCUUUUCAUGGUGGGCAACCUGAUUAUCAUUCCAGUAGGCAUCACCUUCUUCAAAGAUGAGACCACCACACCGUGGAUUAUCUUUAACGUAGUGUCAGAUACCUUCUUCUUAAUGGACCUGGUGCUCAACUUCCGCACCGGCAUCAUUAUUGAGGACAAUUCGGACAUCAUCCUGGACCCAAAGACCAUUAAAAAGAAGUACCUGAAGACCUGGUUCAUUGUAGACUUUGUGUCCUCCAUCCCAGUGGAUUAUAUCUUUCUCAUUGUGGAGAAGGGCAUUGACUCAGAGGUCUACAAGACUGCUCGUGCCCUGAGAAUUGUGCGCUUCACUAAGAUCCUUAGUCUACUUCGACUCCUACGUCUGUCCAGGCUCAUACGCUACAUCCAUCAGUGGGAAGAGAUCUUCCACAUGACGUACGACCUGGCCAGCGCGGUGAUGCGGAUCUUUAACCUGAUUGCCAUGAUGCUGCUGUUGUGUCACUGGGAUGGUUGUCUGCAGUUCCUGGUGCCCAUGCUGCAGGACUUCCCCUCUGACUGCUGGGUCUCACUCAACAAGAUGGUGAAUGACACAUGGAGUGAACUGUAUUCCUUUGCAGUCUUUAAGGCGAUGAGCCAUAUGCUGUGUAUAGGUUAUGGGCGGCAGGCUCCAGAGAGUCUGUCUGAUAUCUGGCUCACCAUGCUCAGUAUGAUUGUUGGGGCCACCUGCUACGCUGUCUUCAUCGGUCACGCUACCGCCCUCAUCCAGUCUCUAGACUCAUCCAGACGACAGUACCAAGAGAAGUAUAAACAAGUGGAACAGUACAUGUCUUUUCACAAACUUCCAGCUGAUUUCCGACAGAAAAUCCAUGAUUACUAUGAACAUCGCUAUCAGGGAAAGAUGUUUGAUGAGGAGAGCAUCCUUGAGGAACUGAAUGAACCACUGAGAGAGGAAAUUGUGAACUUUAAUUGCCGUAAACUGGUUGCUUCCAUGCCUCUGUUUGCCAACGCUGAGCCAAACUUCGUUACCGCCAUGCUGACCAAGCUGCGCUUUGAGGUUUUUCAGCCAGGAGAUUAUAUUAUACGAGAGGGCACCAUUGGUAAAAAGAUGUACUUCAUCCAACACGGUGUGGUCAGUGUGAUCACCAAAGGCACUCUGGGAAUGAAGCUUUCGGACGGAUCUUACUUUGGAGAGAUCUGUUUGCUGACUCGAGGUAGGCGUACAGCGAGCGUUCGAGCAGAGACUUACUGUCGGCUGUACUCUCUUUCUGUGGAUAACUUUAAUGAGGUUUUAGAGGAAUACCCCAUGAUGAGGAGAGCCUUUGAGACCGUGGCUAUUGACAGACUGGAUCGCAUAGGCAAGAAGAAUUCUAUACUGAUGCACAAAGUGCAGCAUGAUCUCAACUCUGGAGUCUUCAACAACCAGGAGAAUGAGAUGAUCCAGGAGAUCGUGAAGUAUGACCGCGAGAUGGUGAAGCUGGUGGACCUGCAGCGUCCUCGGGCUAUGUCCAUGACCCACCCCAACCCAAGCAGCAUGUUCGCCCCUCCAGGCCAGUCUCAGGGCAGCUCAGCUAUCGCGACCCUGCAGCAGGCCGUGGCCAUGAGCUUCUGCCCGCAGAUGGCCGGUCCAAUGGUGGGGCCGGGGGUCCUGCAGUCCCCACGGAUGGUCCGACGUUUCCAGGUGAUUCAGAACCUCUCCAGCCCCGUGUCACUGUCCCCUCAGCAAUCCCAGCCCCCUGGAGGGGCGUUUGCUGCUGCGUCCGUAUCCAGCCCACCUGUACAGAGCCCGCUGGCCGCCCCAAGCCGGACUUUCCAGUACGGCUGUAGCCCCAUGGGUGGCCCUUCCGGUUCCCAGCUGUCACUCAUCCAGCAGCACGUUCCCAGCCCGACGCGGCCAGCUCCUCACAAGAGCACCCACUCUUUAGCUAGCGGUGGCCUGAGUCAGGAAACUCGGGCGCUGUCCGCCUCGCAACCCUCCCUUCCCCAGGAUGGAGCUCCCAUAGCAGGACCCAGUCCUCCACCAUCCACCCACGCCUCCUCCACUUCCAUCGAACCCCUGCAGCCUCACCCAGUUGUACCAGGGCCCUCUGGCACGAAAAGUGCCCUGUCCCAGAGGGUGACUCAGCCUCAGCAGCCAUCUCCAGUGGGGGUUUUCUCCCCCACCCCUCCACCCACAGCUACGGAGGCUGGAGUGAGUGGUACAUCAGUGGCACCGGGGCAACCGGACUCAGGAGCACAUAAGAAAGAUUCCAUAGUCAGCCUUCCGGAAACAGACCUGCCCAGAUCCAGGUUGUCCUCUAACUUGUGA